UCUGAACAGGAGCCCACCCUCCACCCCUGACACCAUGACCCACUGCUGCUCCCCUUGCUGCCAGCCUACGUGCUGCCGGACCACCUGCUGCAGGACCACCUGCUGGAAGCCCACCUGUGUGACCAGCUGCAGCAGCACACCCUGCUGCCAGCCCUCCUGCUGUGUGUCCAGCUGCUGCCAGCCUUGCUGCCGCCCAACUUGCUGUCAAAACACCUGCUGCGGGACCACCUGCUGCCAGCCCACCUGUGUGACCAGCUGCUGCCAGCCUUCCUGCUGCGGGUCCAGCUGCUGUGGCCAAACCAGUUGUGGCUCCAGCUGUGGCCAGACCAGCUCCUGUGCACCUGUUUACUGCACGAGAACCUGCUACCACCCCACGUGUGUCUGUCUGCCUGGUUGCCUAAACCAGAGCUGUGGGUCCAGCUGCUGCCAGCCCUGCUGUCACCCAGCCUGCUGUGAGACCACCUGCUGCAGGACCACCUGCUGCCAGCCCACCUGUGUGUCCAGCUGCUUCCAGCCUUGCUGCUGCUGAUCAGCCCUGACAAGGACCAUCAUCCUAACACAACAACAUUCUCACUUUUUUUUUUCUCCUCCGGAUUCUCACUCCGUCACCAGGCUGCAGUGCAGUCCCAUUAUUUUGACUCACUGUAACCUCUGGCUCUCAGGUUCAACCAAUUCUCCUGCCUCAGCCUCCCAACUAGCUGGGAUUACAGGCUUAUUCCACCAUGCCUGACUAAUUUUUUUAUUUUUAGUAGUCAUGGAGUUUUACCAUGUUGAUCAGGCUGGUCUCAAACACCUGACCUCAAGUGAUCCACCCACCUCGGCCCCCCCCAAAAUUCUGGGAUUACAGGCAUGAGCCACCAUGACCAGCCUCAACUUGACUUAUCUUUCAGGGGACAGCUUUACCUUCAAACACAGAAUGCUAUCACCAAUUUUUUUUUCUGCAUGUUUAAAAUCUUGUGAAUCAGCUUGAGGGAGGGCAGAGUACUUUGUCCUGAUUCUCUUUCUCCUGACACUUUGUGGAUCAUGUGCCAGCUUCCUGUGUCCUCAGUUUGGAGUCAUGUUCUCAACUUUGCCCGUAAAGUCAAGAACUUCAUUCUCUGCUUCUCAGAAAUUUAGAUUUCUGCAACUGAUCCAUAUCUUUGAAUUUAUAUUUUCAUUUUCAAUUUCCUCUUCAUGCUUUUUUACCCUUCUUUCUUCUUUUUAUGAUAACUCUGGGCUAUGUCCCUCAUAGCACCAAU